GCAAGGAGAGGCAGAGCAAGCGUCAGCACUGAAAAGGGCAGAUGGUAACCGCGGGUAACUGAAGAGCAAAGCACUCCGCUGGCAGCCGAGCAAAAGAUCAGCAGAGCGGGAGAGGACGGAAGGAAGGAAGGAAGGAAGGAUGGAGGGAGGAGAGAACACAUGCAUCUGAGAGGGAUCCGACGGGAUCCACCACCAGAACUGCUGAAGCCACGCUGACUGGAGAUGGGAGAAGUCUAGAGGAGCAACCGGAGGAACAUCAAGAUUUGAGUGAUGGUGGACACAACAUUGUGGACGCAUCCUGACACAGAAAGAAGAAUAUUUUGAACAAAAGAAUAAGACAUGAAAUGUUUCAGGAAGACGCAGAACCCGAAGAGAAGUUCAAGAACUUGAAGAAACCCAAACAUAGCAGCACUUUUUUCUUGUUUUUUAGGACAAUAAUCACCGAGAAGACCUUCUGAUAAGUCCACAAAGAUAUGUCCAGGUGUGUGAGGAGCAUCCAAUGGCGUGCUACUACAUUGUCAUCAGUUCCACCCACCUGCGUGACGGACAGCUGAGGAGCAUCAAAGGAGUCUUCAGGGGACCAAUCGGAGCCAGUGGACCAAAAAACACCGAGGAAGGAGACUCCAGUUUGUAUUGCGCGCUGUGCGACAAACAAUAUGUCCGACACCAACAGUACGACAACCACAUCAACUCCUACGACCAUCACCAUAAGCAGCGCCUGAAGGAGCUGAAGCAGCGGGAGUUUUACAGAGCCCUGGCCUGCAGGAGACAGAGGAGGCGCAGGGAGGAGAGGAAGGAGGAGAGGCUGCUGAGGAGGCUUCAUCAGCAGCAUGAGGAGAAACAAGAACGCGGUUGCGCUCCGGGUUCCGGGCCCAUGUUCCGCUCCACCACCGUGGCAGUCGACCCGGCGAGUCAAAGCAAUCGGCACCUAAUAGAGAACUGGGCCGACAUCCAUCCGAGCAGCGGGACUCUGGGGACCAAACCUCAAACCUCGUUUAUCGUUCCUCUGGAUGCCGCCAUCGGGAGCAGACUCCUGAGCGACACAAGAUGGCCGUACGAGCAGCUGGACGUUAGAUCUGAUGACAUCACCAGGAAGAACUCAUCUGACACAAAGUUCCCUUGGCAUUCCCGUUUCCCGGAUGCCACCGACGGCUCCAACGAUAAAAGCCCCGUGCCCGGCAGAGGGCGCCCUGUGUGCUUCUCGCUGCCCAAGAGGAGUUGCGUGCUUCUGCAUCGGUCGGCCGCCAUCUUCAUUCAAGCUGCAAGGGGUUCAACGGAGACAACGCAAGAAAGACGCAAAGAAUGCGGUGAUGCUGUGACGAAGACGAAAACCCUAAGCCCUGAGACUCAGACACAGGGUCAGGGACUCGGGACCGGGCCCCAGGAUGGUGGAGACCAACCAACAGACGGCAGGGAACCUGGAACUGAAGACACUGGUGAAGUUGGUACAGAAACCCAAGUUGGUACUGGAGCUGAAGACGGUAGUGGAAGAAGUGCAGCUUCUCGUCAUGGGACCAGUGGGCUACUAGUACCGCCUUCUGACAGCGGCGAUGGCGGUGAAACCUCAGAUCCUUCGCACGUUGCCGAACCUCUUCAACAACUUCAACCCAAAGACUUCUGGAACCGUGAAAAACAAUCCGCUUGCUCUCCUCCGAGUCGCCCCGAAGAACCGUUCUGUCCCGUGUUGAGCAGAGACGGAAGCCGCGUCCUCCUGUGGCCCUCGGAGAUGGUCAGCUACACCAAGACGUCGCCAUCGCUCUCCUUCGGCGUCAACCCGCUGCUGUACGACUUCCGAGCCCACAGCAGGCCCAGAGGGGACGAGGCUGAAGCGAGAGCGGGGGAGAGAAUAAAGCCAUCAGUGAUCAAACAAGCCGACUGCCAACACAGGCGAGGAGACGCGGGGGGAGGCGGGGAGGUGAAGUUAGAUGAAAGACAGGACGAGGAUGAAGGAGGACAGGCGGGAAAUCCUUUGGAAGUUGCAGGCCGAUGCAAAGGCGGUGGCACAGUUCCGGAUGGCGAUAAUAGCGCUUUCAAAUUCGCCUCCGCGGAUUGCCACUUCACGAAACCGGGGAAGAGAAGGAGGCGGAAGAGGAGAGGAGGGGUGAGGAGGGGUAUGAGGAAGAGGGGGAGGAGGAAAAGAGGAGAGGAGAUAAACAGUAAAAAGCGGAAAAGAGGGGGGCGGGGGAUAAUAACGGCUCUCGGUGAGAAUCAGAUUGCCAAGCGUAAAAAAGAUGGCGCUGAAACAGAGGAGCGGCGGGAAAAGCGGCCAUUAAGGCGUCUUCGGCUGCUCGGAGGCCCCAAAAACCGAACGAGGGGGGAGGAGAGACGGAUGAGAGGAGAUGAAACCCGGGGCGAGGCGGCCGACAGAGCGGAGCUAUUAAGCCAUCUUCCCCCGAAUCGGUGUAAUCGCUGGAAGCAGCUGAGCGAUGCGCAGGUGAACACGGGGGCCGGGUGGCAUCAAUCCCAGCAAUCAGCCUGCGGGUGGGGUCCCCGGCUCACAAAGCCCCUCUGCGGGGGUGCCUCAUGUAACAUGGCGAUUAGUCCCUCCCUUGGUUCUGCUGCACAGACGCCGCCACGCUGCUCCGCAAUUACGGAGACGGGACGCAGACAUCAAGCGGGAUACGAGGAAAGGCGGGAAGAUGAGGAGCGGGAGAUAAGAGCUCAGGAAUCAAACGUGUGUGAGGCGGCGAUCAGCCAAAUCCGUCGUUCUCCUUGUCGGCGUGGGGAAGCCGCAUGUGAUCCAGCGAUUAGCCCGGCCCCGCUUUCCUUCAGAGACACAGCUGGCGCUCAAAGACAAACGUCGGCAGCGGGACAUCGUCUCACGUUUGAGUCAUGCUGCGCCGUACAAAAGACAGGAAGUGAGGUGAGUCGCGGAUCAGACACACGAACCUUAGAGGCCACUCCGCAGGAAGUGGGAGCGGCGCCCGUCAGCAGCAAGAGGAAGUUGAUGGAAUGUGGCGAAGCGACGGCACGGAAGCAAUCCAAAGGAGAACAAAGACAAGCGUGUCACACAUGUGACACCGCAUGGGUGGGUGGGGCCAACCGCAAGGAGGCGGAGUCAAACCUCCUGCCACCUGAUAGGACAAAGCAAAGUCACCUUCAAACCCGCCAAGACGGCGACGACCCGGGUCAGGUCAUCUCGAGGGGACCGGAUCAUCAAACCCGGGGCGAAAAUGUCCAACGCAUUCAUGACCGUGAACGCCACCCACCUGUUGACACGCCCCCUGAUGACAUCACGCCACAAAUGGACGGGCGUGAACCUAGUCACAGGGACGCCGUCAUGCCUCCUAUUGGCCACCAUGUGGCGGCGGAUGUUGUCACAACAAAGGAGGACCGACAAACGAGGAGGAGGUCCCGUCUGCAACGUAGCUUCCCCCCGGGGCACCGCCCCCUCCGGGCUCCUCCUCUUCUCAUCCCGCCCUCCACCUCCUCCUCGUUCUCCUUCCAUCACACCAUCAUCCAACACCAUCUCUCUCUUCUGCCGCCCCCCGUCCCCAUCCCCUCGUACCCGCAUCUCCUGCCACAUUUUGCCCCCUACCCCCUCAGCUUGAACCCCCCUCCUGGUCCUCCACCACCACCGCCCAUGCCGCCCUCUUUCUAUGCCCCACCUCCUGUCCGUCUCCUGGAUGUGACGGCCGCGUAUCCCCUGGCGACGGAGUUUCAUCCCAUGCUGAAUCACCACCCCCCGCCUUUGUUGGCCCCCUCCCACCCUGCAGCCCUGCCAUUGCAGGUGUUGUUCUAAGUAAGACCAGAGUGCUUCGAAUGCGGUUCGAAUCCCGUUUCCUGCAUGGCGGUUCGGGUUAAAAGCAGAGAGGAAUGUUGAACAUGUGACACAAUAAAGAUCUUUCUUAAUUAUGUUCAUCAGCGGCUCCUAAUGAGUGUCAGGUGCUGAAGCGCAGCUGCGCUCCUUCAGCGCCGCCGCCGCCGCCGCACUCCAAUCAGUUCACGAUUUAAAGCAGCACGUGUCGGACUUUUAAAGCCAAACCUCUCCCAUGAGUGGAAAUGUUUGGAGUUGCGUGAACGUCUUCUUGGUGCACCACAGGUUCUUAAUUAAGGAGGGGGUCACGGAUAUCCGACAUCAGGAACGUGAUGGGAUCAACGGAAGAAUCACAAUGGCCCCGCCCAUCUGUUCAUCAUCCUCCAGGAAGGAGGAAGUAGUCUGCUCGCCAAAGUGAAAAGGUCAUGCCCGUGUUGAUGGUAGUCGCCACACACAAAUUAGCCGUCCACUAUACGCUAGGUGGAUAAUGCUUCCGAAACAUUUGGGAAUACGCAUCAAAUUCCAUAGUCGGCCUGCAAAGACAAGUUGACAAGGAUGAUGAGUCUGAAGGGCCGAUACUGCGAUGCAGCAGAUGUUGCCAUGGAGUCCAUACUCGGGGGGCGGAAGGGGCAGUUUUAGCCUAUGCAUGGCGUACAGUAGCGUAUAUAAGCAGUAUAGAAUACGCGUAAGAAUCCUACAUUACUGCUCUAUAAUGCUGUGAAUACGCAUGCUAAUAAUAAUGACGCCCUGCAUUAAACGGUACCGUGAUCAAACUUCAGCUAGCUAAAUUUCAGCUAGAUGUUCAAUAUGAAAGUGUAAGCACUGACAACGUCUUUGGCCCCGUGGUGGCUUAUUUUUUGCAACCACACUUCAUAAUAAAAGCACAGUGAGAGAGUACAUGGCAGACAGACUACUUUGUUAUCUGUAGGAAACAUUUUUCAUAAAAACUCAAUCAUACCAAAAUGAAAGAGUUUGACUGUACACAUAUAAAUAUUAUAUUAAAUAUAUAUAGUAUUUAUAUAUAGUAUUGGUAAAUGAAUAGCUCUCAGUGUCAAAGUCAAGGCAGGAUGUCAUUAGUCAGUGUACCUAGUACCCAGUACCUAGUACCCAGUACCCAGUACCUAGUACCCAGUACCCAGUACCUAGUACCCAGUACCUAGUACCCAGUACCCAGUACCUAGUACCCAGUACCCAGUACCCAGUACCCAGUACCCAGUACC